AUGUCUAGUCAUCGUUUAUACUCCCAGAAUAUCGCGGCGAAAAGGACGCAGUCAUCUCGGGUUGAUAGGCCAACUAGACGCGCUUGCAUCAAUUGCCGUCGACGAAAGAUUCGAUGUGACAUUGUUGACAAAGGUGUCCCUUGUACAAAUUGUACUCACAGCCAGCCUGAAUGUCGACCGUGUCCCAACAAGAAAGAAGUCAGACAAUCUCGUCAAUUAGCCGUUCUAGCUCCCCUCCGUCCGCGACAGCCAACUGACUCACCGAGGACGGUAUCAUCGUUUACUACUGUACCAGAAAUCCCAUCUCCAAAGGAAGGCGGCGAGCUCGAACUCGGUGCCCACGUCUUGAAUGAUAGCGAUGCCAGAGACGCAGAGAUGGGACAUCGAACUCGCGCACACUUCAUCGGAAACGAGCUCUCAAACUGUAGCUAUCUCUUCCGCCAAAACGCUGCUAAUGUGAACUACGAUAACGUGUUUCACUUCAACAACGGUCAAGUAGAGACCAGUGAGGACUGGUAUGAAAGCCGCGGUGUCACAGGAGAACCGCUGGAACGUCCAGACAAGCAGCUUGAGAUACGCUUGGUAAGAGCUUAUUUUGACACAAUUAACCGUGGAUGGCCGAUAGUCGAUGAAGAUAUAUUCAUGACGCAGUAUCAUGGCCAAGACCCGGCCGAUCCAGUCUGCUUGACACUUCUCAAUGCAAUAAUGCUAGUCGGAGCCCACACUCUGGCAUCACAUGACGAGAGCAUGAUUCCCCUUCUUUCUGUUUUCUUUCACAGAACCAAGACGCUUUUUGAUUGUGAAACUUGGCCUGACAGGCUUGUCUAUAUCCAAGUGCCUCUUCUCUUGACAUGGUAUUCCGACGCCAACGCUUGGUAUUGGAUUGGGAUUGCUACGAGAACAGCUAUGGCUAUAGGACUGCACCGAGAUACGAGCCACUCAACGAUGAUGCCGGUUUACAAGCGCGUUUAUACUCGUCUGUGGUGGGUUCUCUUCCAGUUCGAUACAAUCGCGUCUGUGUCAGCUGGUAGACCUCAAGUUAUCAACCUCGAUGAUUGCGACGUUCCAGAUAUCCAGCCUGAUCACAUUGAACAUCUUCCUAGAGCAGAGAUUGACUUUAUGAUAUACCAUGUACAAUUGUGCAAGAUUAUAUCAGAAACAAUAAGGAAGGGCUGGUCACUCCGCGCGACUGCAGAGGCAAAACUCGAAGCUAUUAAGAAAGCUGAUGAGUUUCUUGGAAAUUUAAUGCUUUCGAUACCCAAAUCAUUGCAGUUGACAAUUUCGUGUCUUGAUCUAUGGCAAGCCUAUUUUUAUCUCACAUACUACAACUUCGUUUUAUUGCUCCAUCGUCCUGCGCCAAAGUCCCGGAAGGAUGCUCCCAUUGAGACACAAGAGGACGCUAUACUCUGUAGAGAAGCUACAGUCGCGAUUGCGUCCCUCUUUGAAGUUCUGCUCAGCAAGGACUUAAUAUCCUCUCUAUGGCUAUAUAGCAACCACGUUGUUUUCACUGCGACAAUUCACAUCAUCAACGAGAUUAGCACAAACAAACCCUUGCUGGCUGCCAAGUCUCGACAAAUACUACACACUUUUUGGAAAGUCCUUCAAGAGCUUGCGAAAUACUGGAAUUAUGCAGGGGGCCUUUUCAAGGUUCUUGAGCAGAGAGCUUCAAGGCAGAGGGGCGAGCGAGUGCAUGGGCCAUCGGAACCCAGUCUGAACUUGCAGGUAGACGGGCGAUCGUUUGACCAGCCAAAGGGGGGUCCAUCGGGUUGGAGUAGUAACAACAUUGAUCUGUCAGCUGAUGCCAAUGGAAAUAUGGGCGAUCUCGGCUCAGAUAUCUACACAGCAGCUGGGUCGCAUAAUAUCACUAUGGACUUUCUUACGGGCGGUCAGGAUCAGUCAUUCAAUGAUUUGUUCAUGAUGGAUACUUCGGCGUUUGACUUUCUCUUUAGCGAGGAUAUCAACUAG